AUGCUGUUGAAGAUUUCUCAUGGAAUUUUACUCCUCUCCGAACCCAUACUGCUGCAGGUAGUAAUCGGCGCUCUUCUCUGCAGGCAACGUCGUCAGCGAAGAAACAUUUGCGGUCUGAAUAAGGCCAAGAAGAAGAGUUGGUUUACGCAAAUUCUUGAAUUCAGGCUCUCCCGUAGCGAAAAUGGCGAGUCAGAUUCAGCGCACAAUCUGAAUGGUGAUGAAUCAGAAGAGAAGGUAGAACCGCUAACGAGACCUGAUUCCGUCGAAAGUGAUGAUGUUGUUUGUCUGGAAGACCACUCCAAGUCGGCUGCUGCGCAGAAUCAGGGAAUGUUAGAGCAAUCAGACGAUCCUUAUGGUUAUGAGUACUUCAACUAUCAGGAUCCAUACAUGGAAGAAGCAUGGUACGAGCCAGUUGAGAUGAGCCAGCUUGGUGUGUCACAGUCAGUACAAGAUGCUGAGGAAGAGCCGGUGAAGAAUUAUCGUUGUUCAAAAUCGCCUACGGGCGAGAGAAAAGUAACAAGUAGGAGAAAAUCCCAGUUGUCUUCGGCUACAGAAGAUUCAUUUUUUGACACUCCAAAAUUUGUCAUCCCUCUAACAGAAAGUUUGGAGAGUAAGGAAAUGAAUGAGAACCCUAUUACUCUCGAUGGCAGUUCGCCGAACUUUAUCCUGCCUGUGGCUCAGUCAACUCCUGCAGAACCGGCCAGAAAGAAGGCUAGGUUUGGCUCAAAUGUGAAAGUGCUAAAAACGUCAGAAAUCACACCGAUGCCCAAUUAUGAAGGAAUGGCUGAUGAAAAAUUGAAGGUAAGAAAAUGAUC